GAGUUCUAAAGGUCCUGUUGCUUCAGACAAUGGAUGAGCAAUCACAAGGAAUGCAAGGACCACCUGUUCCACAAUUCCAGCCACAGAAGGCGUUACGACCGGAUAUGGGCUAUAAUACAUUAGCCAACUUUCGAAUAGAAAAGAAAAUUGGUCGCGGACAAUUUAGUGAAGUUUAUAGAGCAGCUUGUCUCUUGGAUGGAGUACCAGUAGCUUUAAAAAAAGUGCAGAUAUUUGAUUUAAUGGAUGCCAAAGCGCGUGCUGAUUGCAUCAAAGAAAUAGAUCUUCUUAAGCAACUCAACCAUCCAAAUGUAAUUAAAUAUUAUGCAUCCUUCAUUGAAGAGAAUGAACUAAACAUAGUUUUGGAAUUAGCAGAUGCUGGUGAUCUGUCCAGAAUGAUAAAGCAUUUUAAGAAACAAAAGAGGCUAAUUCCUGAAAGAACUGUUUGGAAGUACUUUGUUCAACUCUGCAGUGCAUUAGAACACAUGCAUUCUCGAAGAGUCAUGCAUAGAGAUAUAAAACCAGCUAAUGUGUUCAUUACAGCCACUGGGGUGGUAAAACUUGGAGAUCUUGGGCUUGGCCGGUUUUUCAGCUCCAAAACCACAGCUGCACAUUCUUUAGUGGGUACACCUUAUUACAUGUCUCCAGAGAGAAUACAUGAAAAUGGAUACAACUUCAAAUCUGACAUCUGGUCUCUUGGUUGUCUACUGUAUGAGAUGGCUGCAUUACAGAGUCCUUUCUAUGGUGACAAAAUGAAUUUGUACUCGCUGUGUAAGAAGAUAGAACAAUGUGACUAUCCACCUCUUCCUUCAGAUCACUAUUCAGAAGAACUACGACAGUUAGUUAAUAUUUGUAUCAAUCCAGAUCCAGAGAAGCGACCAGACAUCACCUAUGUUUAUGACGUAGCAAAGAGGAUGCAUGCAUGUACUGCAAGCAGCUAAACAUGUACAAGAUCAUGAAACAUAACCAAAAUAAUUUAAAGUAUUCUUAUGCAAAUCAUACCUCCCUGUUUAUGUCUGGGUGUUAAGAUUAAUAUUUCAGAGCUCAUGUGCUUUGAAUCCUUAACCAGUUUUAAUAUAAGCUUCAUUUUGUACCAAUCAAAAUCACCUUCUAGCAACCCCUCAAAUGACUUUGGAAUAAUUAAAUUGCAUGUUAGGAGAGUAUGGCUUCUAAUGGCUAAAGGUUUUUAGAAUUGUUUAGAGUUUUCUGCUGAUAAAUUAUGUUCAGAUAGACUGCUAGUGCCAAAUUUGAAGGUGCAGCUUGGCACACGUCAGGAUAGACUCGAAACCUGAUGAGAAAAGUAUCUGAACAUGUGACGUGUUUGUUUGUUGGUAAUUUAUGGACAUUGAGAUGAACACAAUUGUGAAUUGUGAUUAUUUCGUUUUUUAAAAGUUUGAAGUACGUGUUUUAGUUCUUAGCAGUGUAGCUUUCAAAUUAAUUUUUAGGAUAAAUGUAGACAAACUGAGAAACAUUUGAAAUUCUUAGCUUAUACAUUAAAAAUGGAACUAUUAAAUGUGAAAAGAUUUGGGGACAAAAUGUGAGUCAGACACUGAAGAGUUUUUUGUUUUGUUUUGAUAUUUUGAUAUUCUCUUUGCAUUGAAAUGGUAUAAAUGAAUCCAUUUAAAAAGUGGUUAAGGAUUUGUUGACUGGUGUGGUAGUAAUUUUUAAAGUUGCACGUUGCCCAAGGCUUUUUUGUGUUUUACUAUUGUUUGUACAUUUGAAAAAUCUUUGAGUAACCUUGCAGUACUAUAUUUCAAUUUCUUUAUAAAUUUAAAUGCAUUUUAACUCAUAAUUGUAUACUAUAAUGUAAGCAUAUGUUUUUAUUCAUAGUUUUUUGAAAUUCUGAUUGGUUUCCUUCAGAAAUUUUUUAUAUUCUUCAAGUUACUUUCUUAUUUAUAUUUAUAUGCAUUUUAUCAUUAAUGUUUCAUAUUUUCUGAGAACAUAUACUCUUUUAAAAGACAUUAGCAUACCAACACUUUUCCUGAAUUGAAAACUUUUUUUAAGCUUUUUAAAAUUUGGGCUGCCCUAUAUGCAUGUACUUGGUCUUGUUAAAGAGGAAGAAAGGAUGUGUGUUGUAUUGUACCUGUGAAUGUUGAUACAGUUUCAAUUCAUUUGACAAGGUUGUAAUUCUAGAAUAUGUUUAAUGAAAUGAAAACUGGCCAUUAUGACAGCCAGAUUGUUUUGAGAUUAACAUUUCUAUUGAGAAGCUUUUGAACAAAGUACUAUAUUUGUGCAUGAAGAUGAAAGAGAUGGUAAUGCUUCAAUUAGUUUAAGGAAAUGGGCAGAGUUUAGUAAAUGCUGUUGUGCAGAUAUGUUUUCUCCGAAUGCCUUUCAUAAUAGUGGCAACCAGUUCCUGAAAGCCAGGAGGCAGCCACUAGUAAAGGACACAACGUCACUAUCAAGCAUUGGGAUGAAUUAUCCUGCCAACGUGAAAACCUUAUGUUCAGAGAACACCUCCCUUUAGCCAAUGUAACUGCUGGUUUUGUUGUUUGUAUGUGUUUUUCUUAUACUCAUUUUGAAUCUUUUGAAGUCAUUUAUAAACUUUAAAAAUAUAUAAAGGGCAAAAAGUAUAAACUCCUGUUUUUCAAAAUCUACUCGGUUAUGUAUGGUAUCGGAAGGGUAAUUUUAUUUUGGAAUAAGCAAAGAAAAUCUGGUUGUUUUUUGGUUUUUAUGAGGGCUGAAUACAUUGUUUUCCUCAGGUUCUCGUGACUUUUUACAUUUACACUAAGCAUCCAUAGAUUUAUCCCUAGAAAUAUGAGAAGAAUUGUUUUUGUCAACCAUUAAUGUCAUGUUCAUUUUAACAUGAUACAGUUGACUGAGAUGAAAUGUUCUCUGGUUGGAACAAAUACUCUCCUUUUUCUUGAACUCUUUAAGAACACAUGGAUCUAAAAUUCAUUAGCUUGACCCCUCACAGUGACUUUUAAGUAAAGAUGUAAGCUUUUCUUCAUAUUGAAUCUAUCUGCUAGAAGGAAAUAACUGAGAAAAAUUUAAUGAUCAGGGAAACCAUUAUUAUUUUCUACAUAUGGAAACAUUCUGUUUCAGAUAUUAUAUCUUUUUAAAAAUCUAAAUGUUCAUACUUUUCCUGAGGAAACCACUGUGUAAAAAUCAAAUUUUAAUUUUGCAUGGGAUCAUUUCAAAGAAUUAUGAAGUUGAUUAGAAGUUCUAAUUUAUAUAAUCACCUAUAAAAUGUUCUCUUUAUGUUUCUGUUUAUAGUAAAUUGUAUAUUGAUUAAAUUUAACAUUCGAAUUGAUUUCAAAAGCAGUAAAAUGAAAGGUAUAUAGAUUCUAAACCUUAUUUAGACAUUGGUACCAGUUACCCAGGGGAAAAUGUGGGGUAACUUUGUUUUGUAUGGUGAGGUUUAGGAAUGGUGAAUGAAGGGUAUCUCAGUAUAAGUAAAGUGCUCAACAAUGUGCAAUGAUUGUAAAUUUAGUUAGCUAUUACAGCUAUUUCAUGAAUGCUUUACCAUUCUACAUAGUAUCUAUUACAAAACACCUUUCUUAUAUCCUGAUAUAUACUUCAGGUGUUGCUGUUAACAUUUACCAUGAUAUUUAUUUUAACCAAAAUGUUAUUCACAUUAAAUGUUUAUUCUUUAAAGUGAAUGUAUUAUGUUUAUAACCCACCAAUGCAUAAUUACAUGUGCCUCAUAUUUCAAUAGUACUGUAAUAUGGACAUCUUUUGUGAAAUACUUUUAUUUUGUUAUGCUUUGAAUACAUAUACAAAAAAGAUUCUGUUAUUGGCUUUGAAAAUUGUAUAAUAUCCUAAUAUAAAUAAAAGUAUAAAAAUAAAAAACAAAUACAGUAAAA